CGCUCCAGUUAACACAAGGGAGAAGUUUGUCUUCAGUGCUUUCUUUCAGAAAUACAUUAAUUUUAACUCCAGCCAAGAUUAAUUUUUCCUAACCUUUGCCUAUCCGUCUCUGACUCAAAGCCCUCCAGGCAAACUCUCAACAACAGCACAGGAACCUGACUUAUCUCGGUACGUCACGUGACUGAGUCGCGAUGACAUCACGCAGGUGUCUAUAUCGUCUGUAUGAAGAGGGCAUGUCAGUUUAACAUCGACACAGAGGAGCACAGCCACACCCGCGGACACUACUGCAUUUUACUCUCUGCAGUCAUGACUCUGAAGACGCCAUGGGUUCACUUGUUCCUAUUUUUGUGUUGCCUGCAGAGCUGCCUGUGUGAACAAGAUUCGAGAGGCUUCCCUUCUACAGAGACUAAUGAUGGGGUGUUGAUCAGCUCCCAAGCCAAACGCUUCCUACGCAGUCAUCUUUCAACCGUCUUUCUCCCAAUCAUCUACAUCAUCGUGUUUGUUGUGGCACUGCCCACCAACGCCAUGGCCAUCUGGGUGUUCCUAUUCAGGACCAAGAAGAAGCAUCCGUCCUCCAUCUACAUGGCCAACCUGGCUCUGGCUGACCUGCUCUUUGUCAUCUGGAUCCCCUUGAAGAUAGCUUAUCACUUGAACGGCAACAACUGGAUCUAUGGACAGGGGUUGUGCGAAGUGCUGGUGGCAUUUUUCUACGGCAACAUGUACUGCUCCAUCUCCUUCAUCGCUUGUAUAAGUGUUCAGCGUUACUGGGCCGUGGUACAGCCGCUGUCCCAGCGGCAUAGGAGUAACCGCUUGGCUGUCAUUGUCUCUAUAACAAUCUGGGUGGUAGUCUGGCUUCUCACCAUCCCUCUCUUCCUGUACGAACAGGAUGUCCGGGUAAGAGAACUCAACAUCAUCACUUGCCAUGAUGUCACCAAGCCCAGUCAGAAGAAAAUAGCAGCGGGCUACUUCCUGACAAUGGGAAUUGUGGGAUUUGUUGCCCCCACCAUUGUGUGCAUCAUAUCUUAUGUCCUUAUGCUCAAGGCACUCAGGAACAACAUGGAGGGCCCCACCAACGCCAAGAGGCGACAGAAAGCUGUGGUCUUGAUCAUCACAGUGCUGGUGAUGUUUUUAGUGUGCUUCACUCCCAGUAAUAUCAUGCUGCUGGUGCACUACAUCCUCCUUUUGGGUGACGCCACCAACACCCUGUAUGGAUUCUACAUCACCACCCUGUGCUUGGCGAGUCUUAACAGCUGUUUCGACCCUUUCAUUUACUACUUCAUCUCUGAGGACUUCAGGAAUCACGUGAAAAACACUCUCCGCUGCAGGAGUGAGCGGACAGUGGAGAGGAUGAGGGUCUCCUUCAGUGCUCUCAAGUUCUCCAAGAAAAGCAGCACAUAUACGUCUGAUUCAGGGAACACGCAGAGCACUGAGUGCUAGUGCUUUGUUGGUGUUUAAGCUAAUUUUUCAUCAUUGAAAUCUCAGGUUGUAAGAUAAUUCUUCACAGUGACUUCUUCCAUCUCUGUGAGGAAAUGUAG